GAAGUUGAAAAUGUUUACCAAACCAAAACCACAUACCAAAGCCAAAAACCAUAGAAACCAGAGAAAAAGUCCUAAAAAAGCUACACAAAGGGGGUAAAAAGGGGACCAAAACAGGGCAAAAAAUUCCCAAAAUAAAAAGGGCAAGAACAGCGAGAGACCCAGGAAGGAACGAAGCAAGGCGCUUAGGCGCACGCACGCACGCACAUCUCUCGAGCCCCUCACCCUCCCCUUCUUCCUCCUCCUUCCGCCGCAUUGCUCGUCGCCGGCGGCGACCAACCCUACCCCUCUCUCUCCCUCUCGAGCGGCGGCGGAGGCGGUUUCCGGUAGUGGCGGCGGCGGCGGGGACAGGAAGAAGCCAUGUGCGAUUUGGUGGCGAGAACGGGGCGGCACCAGCAGCGCUACGAGCAUGGGCGUCGACUCGUGGCCGGGUGCAUACCUUUUAGAUAUAAAGAUAACAAUGAUGAAACUUCUGAUGAUGGACACAAGAAACUUGUGGAAGUUCUCAUGAUCAACUCCCAGAGUGGAUCUGGUCUCCUAUUUCCUAAGGGAGGAUGGGAGAAUGAUGAAACUGUUGAAGAGGCAGCUGCUCGUGAAGCUAUUGAAGAAGCUGGAGUUCGAGGAGAUUUAGUGCAAUUAUUGGGCUUCUACGACUUCAAGAGCAAGACGCAUCAAGACAAGUUCUGCCCCGAGGGGAUGUGCAGAGCUGCGGUGUUCGCGCUUCGAGUUAAGGAAGAGCUUGCCUCCUGGCCCGAGCAGAGCACCCGCAAGAGGACCUGGCUCACUCUCAGUGAGGCGGUGGAGCGGAGCCGUUACCCAUGGGUGCGAGAGGCCCUUACAACGGGUUUCACCACCUGGCAUGAGAACUGGAGCAACGGGGACGACCAUGUCGACCCAAGUUCAAGAUGACCGCACCUCAAGCAUCAGGGCCAGGGGUCAUGCUCUCUUUUACCAUGCUAGUGGUUUCAGAAACAUGACCAUUUCGGCGUAUGUGUGCUCCCUGAUGCUUCAGUAGUUCCGAUCGCCCUAUAUUACUACCUAGGAUGGGACCAAUCUUAGUUCUGGAAAUGUCGAGAUGGGACCAAUCUUAGUUCUGGAAAUGUCGAGAAUCGCUGGAAUUGUAAGUUUUAAUUGAUUCUCGCUGCUACCAUUAUCAGUCCUCUUGGUUCUUUAUUUCUUUUUACACCAUGCAGUAUCAGCUGGUGUGUUGCCCCUUGUGUGUGCGCAAAAAUACCUGAAAUCAAAGAAGGCUUUGUGGAUCAAUGUGCUGCAAUGCUCCUUCUGAGUUGGCUUGUUCGUGAGCACUGGUCUCCAAAAGAAUAUUGCAGAAAGGGGGUAAAGAAAUCCUGAUGUUCUUUGUCA